GUAUUCAGGUGGAGGAAGAAUCAACGGCGGUCGCUGUCCGCGUCAGCUAGUCGAGCCGUCCAAGAAACGAAGAAACCCAAACGCAAACUCGCAACCGCCGCCGGCCGCGGCCGCUGCGCCAAAUCGAUCAACCAACUCUGAUUCAUCCACCUUUUGAUCUCUCCUUCCCCUUGGCUUCUUCCUUCCUACCUCCACCGAAACUACGCAUCCACCUGGCCGUACCUUUCCCCCUAGAAAAUCCCCUUCCCCCGACUCGCCUGAUUCUUGCUUCUGGGUUUCUUGAUAAUUGAUAUGGACCAACCCGCCGCUUUCGCCCCGCCGCCGGCGCCGGCGCCGGUUCCCGUUGCUUGGUCCGUUGUCCCGGUGGAUUUCACGGUCUUCAAGAAGGGGACCGAGAUGGCGAUGCACGACGCGACCGGCCGCCUCGCGUUCCGCAUCGCCGGAGGCGGUGGCGGGGACGGGGGCACGGCGCUCUUCGACGGCACCGGUGGUGUCCUGGUCACCGUCAGGACCAGCGGGCAGGGCGAGUGGCAAGCAUUCAGUGGAAAUAGUAUGGAACAUAGACACAUCAUUUUCACUGCAAAAGUUAUGUCUGCUUCUUCAAGCCGAAAGGAGGUACAUGUAUUCAUCCCACCAAUAAGCAGCUUUGAAGGUUCAAAACCAAUCUACAGGCUCUUGGGAAGUACAUUCCGAAGAGCAUGCACAAUAAUAAAGGGGGACUCCAUCGUUGCUCAGACAAAUCUCUUGUAUAAACUCAAGAAGACUCUAUAUUCACGGCGUAAGUUCAGAGUGACUAUAUACCCUGGAAAUGAUAAUAUCCUCAUCAUGGCCAUGAUUAUGACCUUCUUUGUUGAAAAAUGACUGAAGAUAUAAAUGCCCACUGUGGUGAGAAAACUGAUGACUAACUCUGCCACCCCUGAAUCAUGUAUAUUUUUCUGAUUCUGGAUGAGUUCUUUCAUUUUUUAUGUCACUCACCAGAUGCUCUUAUUGAACCGACUGCUUUUGUAAAUAGCCUAAGUGUGCGUGGUUUCUAAAACCACUCAUUUAUUCUUCUUAAUAUAAUGACAUGCAGUUCUCCUGCGUGUUCGAGAAAAAAAA